CGUCCGCCCGGCAGAGCGCGCAAUGAUCCCGGCGUGGAUUCGGGCCGUCGGCGGGGCCUGGCGCCCUUGUUGGGCCGGAGGCCGGGCGAUGCCCUCGCGGCCUCUCAGCGCUGACAACUGCCGACGGAGGAGUACCUUUGAUGUCGUUGUCAUUGGUGGUGGAAUUGUGGGUCUAGCCUCAGCCAGGGAGCUUAGCCUGCGCCAUCCAUCCCUUGUUUUUGCAGUACUCGAAAAGGAAAAGGAAUUAGCUCUCCAUCAAAGUGGGCAUAACAGUGGUGUUAUUCACAGUGGAAUCUACUAUACACCUGGAUCCCUAAAAGCCAAGUUGUGUGUAGAAGGAGCUGUUCUCUGCUAUGAAUACUGUGACCAAAAAGGAAUCCCAUAUAAACAAUGUGGCAAGCUGAUUAUUGCAGUUGAACAUGAAGAAAUUCCAAGACUCAAGGCACUUUAUGAAAGGGGGAUACAGAAUAAUGUUCGGGGACUGAAACUAAUCUCUCCCAAAGAAAUACAAGCCAAGGAACCCUACUGUCGGGGGUUGAUGGCUCUGGAUUCCCCAUACACCGGCAUUGUGAACUAUAGGCAGGUGACCCUAGCCUAUGCUGAAGAUUUUCAGACAGCUGGAGGUAUUGUGUUGACAGAGUUCGAGGUGAAACACAUGGAUAUGGCAAAGGAAAGUGCUGAAGGAAGUAAAGAAGGGAUGAAAUAUCCAAUUGUGGUUAGAAAUUCAAAGGGGAAGGAAGUCCGAUGCCGACAUCUUGUGUCCUGCGCAGGACUUUACUCGGAUAGACUCUCCCAGAUCAGUGGUUGUGACCCAGAGCCCCGCAUUGUGCCUUUCCGUGGAGAUUAUUUGGUGCUGAAGCCAGAAAAGUGCUAUUUAGUUAGAGGAAACAUUUACCCGGUACCUGAUCCCCGUUUCCCUUUUCUGGGCAUUCAUUUUACUCCACGGAUGGAUGGUGGUGUCUGGCUUGGGCCUAAUGCAGUCCUUGCAUUUAAACGAGAGGGCUACAAAUUUUAUGAUUUCAGUGUUCAAGAUUUUAUAGAUGCAGCUGCUUACAGUGGCUUAUGGAGACUAGUGUUGAAGAAUUUUUCAUAUGGGAUGGGUGAAAUGUACAGAGCAUGUUUUCUAAAUGCCCAAUUGAAGCAGCUGCAAAGAAUCAUCCCUGAAGUUACCAUCAAUGAUAUUCAGAGAGGACCUGCUGGAGUCAGAGCUCAAGCCUUGGACAGUGGUGGAAACUUGAUUGAUGAUUUUGUGUUUGAUAGUGGAACUGGAGACAUUGCUGCUCGAAUACUCCAUGUCAGGAAUGCUCCUUCACCUGCUGCUACCUCCUCCCUUGCCAUUGCAAAAAUGGUAGCCAAUGAGGUAGAGCAGAGAUUUGAAUUGUGACUGGACAAUGGAGACUUGGUCCUCUUUGCUCCUUCUCCUCCUGGCUACUGUGACAAUCAAAGAAAAGGGCUGUUUCUUGUUUGGAGACAGAGAAUUAGAAAUUCAGUAUCACAGUACUGAAACUAUGUAAAAAGCACAGGAAGAUCUAUUAAAUGUUAUAUUACUGAAUUAAAAGGAAAA